UAGAUUUGGAAUUCGUAUCCCACUAAACAAUAAAUAAAACCCCUCAAAAAAAAAAAAAAGUUUAUCAAAUAUCAUUUCAACAGAAAUACCAAUGGCGUUUGAAGGUGAUGAUAAUGAUAAUCAAAAUUCAAGCAAUUUGGUUCAUCAAUUUUCCUUUGCCAAAACGGUGCGGCAUUGCUCGGAUUCUGAAUUGGAAGCGAACCUAACCCUAGCCAAGGAGUUAAGAAAACGGUUUCGUGACGAGAAAGAAUGUUUGUUACUUAAAAUACGAUCGUUAAAGGAAGGAUUAGACGUUGAAAAUUCAAAAAUAUUGGAACUGAGCGACAAGGAAAAAGCACAUAGAUAUCACGAUUAUGAAAUUCACAGACUUGAAGAAUACCAUACAGAACUUUUGAAGUGUUUUCCUGAAACCAUUAAUGAAGACCUAGAAGAAGAAUCUGACCCGGAUAUAGAGUUGGCUGAAAUUGCGGAAAAAAUAGAGAAAUUGAGUUCGCAAUUGGGUCAUGGGAAGACUAAUUGGGCAACCGAGAAACAAUUGCUCAAAGAGCUCGAACCUCUUCAAAGAAGGAGGCUCAUUCUCGAGGCUGAAGUUAAACAAGCUGAAGCUAAAAUUCCAAAAUCAAAACUUAUAAGACAUAGCAAAUUCGAGUAUUGGCAAGGGUGGCGCUUUGGUUCUAAGUACGAAUUGAAACGCAAUAUUCGUAAAUGUUUGAAGGAAAUCAGAGUAAAACAUCCAGAUUUUUGGAAUGAAAAAAAACAAGCACAACGUAACCAAAGAAUCAGUCAAAUAGAGAAGGAACUUGAACCUCUAGAAAAGAGAUUCGACAUUUUAAAGCGAAAGGAAGAAGAGGCUUCUAAAUCAGUUAUGGAACUUCAAAUCCAAAAGAAGCAGGAGAUUGAUCUCAAACACAAAUAUUGCGAACUAGAACAGAAAUUCCAGGACUUUGAAACAGAGACAGAUUGGAUAUUACUUGAAGAAUUGUCUUCCAAAAAUAGAUCAAUCGAGGAGUUCAUCUAAGUCUAAAUGGAAUCGCGAUGAUCAAACUAUACCAGAAGUAUUCAGCUAUCCCUUACCAAUCGAGGCGAUGGAAGGAUGCAAGAUCCCUCGGAAAUCAUACUUACUUCUCCGUACUUUAUAAUUUGAGACCUUUGUUCAUUUCUUGUAUUAUUGCAUAAGCAUAAUAUCUUCUCCGGUGACAAACUAGUUUUAUAUGUACGUGAUACGUGUUUAAAUGUAAAUUCGUUGCUGAAUGAUGAAUGUUUGUACUAGUAUAUGUUAAUUAGUACGACAUCUAAUUUUUAUUGA